AAACGCGUUGUAAACACAAACUUUUCGCGCAAUUCUUCAUCAUCCAUAAGUGAUACGCUGUCGUCUGAUUUCAUACAAACACGGCAAAUAUUUAUAUUGACGCGAAAAUUCAUUAUAUUAACUAAUUUUCCAAUCAAUUGGUGCUGAAAUAGCUAAAAUCCACUUGCAACUCUCAAAACGAACAACAGCUAAGGAAGCAAUAACAAGCGGAUUGACUUACAACACUGUACCCAGAUUUUGGUGUUGCCAACCCGACCUAAAAUGUGAUUAACAAUAACUAUUUUCAUAUUAAUUUUAUUGUUCAUCCUGGAAAUUGGUUUCAAUAUAUAAUAUUGAAACGGUGUCAAAUUUAGUUCAAAUAAUUUUUGAUAACUAUUUUAUAACGAUUAAAAUUUUAUAUUCAAUACUUCCUAAGCUACAAAAAAAUAAAUUAAUAUGUAAAAGCACUAUGCUGACAUGUGGCAGUGUCUACUUCAAUAACAGCUGUCACUUAAGACGUCAUUUGCGAAGGAAUAGUAAAUAAAACAGAUGGAAAUAUACUUGGUGGAUAAGAAAAGAGAGUACAAUACUGAAAAGGAGGUGUCAGAAAUCGAAAUCCAAUUUGUUGACACAGCGAUUCUUGUUACGAUUUAAUUACUAAUAAAUAUAUACGUACAGUGUCAUAGUUUAAAUAAUAACGUAGCUUUGCUACUCGCAAAUUUCAAGGCAAAGAUGCCAACGAAUAACACCAGUUCCAAUUUCAAGACUUUCAAAGUGGUGCUAUUAGGCGAAGGCUGCGUUGGCAAAACCUCUAUCGUUUUACGUUAUGUCGAAGAUAAAUUUAAUCCUCAACACAUCAGCACCUUGCAGGCUUCAUUUCUAACAAAAAAGCUAACUUUAGAAGAUGGUAGUCGAGCACAUCUUAAUAUCUGGGAUACGGCUGGUCAGGAACGUUUUCAUGCUCUUGGACCUAUCUAUUAUCGUGGAUCUCAUGGUGCCAUACUCGUCUAUGAUAUUACCGAUGAAGACUCCUUUCAAAAGGUAAAAAAUUGGGUAAAAGAACUUAAACGUAUGCUGGGUGCUGAAAUCGUUAUAACAAUUGUGGGCAAUAAAACGGAUUUAGAUGCACAACGCACAGUGCCACAAGAUGUAGCAUUAGAGUAUACCGAAAGUGUGGGGGCACAUUAUUUCGAGACAUCUGCCAAAGCCAAUGAAGGCAUAGAGGAGCUAUUCACAGCGCUCACACAAUUGAUGAUACAGCGUCAUGCUCAACGCGAACAAGAAACCAGUUCAUUGCGUCUGUUGCAGGGUGGACGUACGUCACAACGAUUGAUUGUUGAGGAUGACUCACAGGAUGGCGAUGAAGAAGGCAGACAAACGCCUACAACGAAUAGGUCAUGCUGUGGGGCUGGUUAAAAUAGAAGGGUUUAUUUAAUUAAAUGCUUAACAACCAAACGACAAAAUACUGGUUAAAGAGGAAGGGUGGCAAAAGUAGCGUAAUUAUGUUAAUGAGUGUGUGUAAAUGCAAAUUAUGAUAAAAAAAAGUUCUACGACGACGUAGACAACGCCAACGCCGAUGCAGCCGCCGCUAGAUUAAAUUGUGAUAAACUUAUUGUAAAAUAUAAAUUAAAUAUUUUUUUUUUUUUAUAAAAAACGCUCUAAUAAUAUAUGCUUUUCUAAACAUGUAAUUUCAGAUACUCUUUACUGUCGAACAAAAACUAAAAUUUCAUUUUUACUUUUACUAAAUGCUAUAUUGAUCUAAUAGCUGACUACUUUCAACUUUCGAUACAUUUAAAGUUUGUUAUUUUUAAUACACAUUUGUUGUUAUUAUUAUAAUACAAUACAAUUAAAGUUUUCUGCUGCAAAUGGCAGCAAAUAAAUUCCAAAAGACUUGAAA